CUGGGUGUUUUAUGUCUGCGUCACAACAAGUCGCUCGGUGGAGAGAGGCAGGGGUGAGGAUGGUGAUGAUGAUGAAGAUGGCGUCUCUGGCGGUUUGAUACAGGAGAGGCUGCUCUCGCAGAUACUCCGAUAUAUAUUUAUAUAUAUUUUUCAAAAAGGAGCAUCGUGUGUGGUUGGAGGACGGCUAAAGUACAGAGACGGACGGACCGUCGCCGUCUUCUUCCUCCGUCCUCUUCCUCCUCGCUGACGGAUUGACAGACAGGGGCGUGCGUCACGUGCACGCACACCAAACACUUUUUCUCGGCAGACGCGUGCAGCGGCGAUCCACAUGAUGCAGCCUGCGUGACCCCGACGGGAAGGAAGGAGUUCCACUUGACAGCAGCAGAGCACGGCUGCCUCUCCUUCUCAGGAUGGGGGGAGUCAGCGAGGGAGAUGACGUGCUGGCGAGAUGGAGUGAUGGGCUCCUCUACCUGGGCAAUGUGAAGAGGGUGGACGGAGUCAAGCAAUGCUGUCUGGUCAGAUUUGAGGACAACUCCGAGUUCUGGGUCCUGAGAAAAGACAUCCAUUCCUUCGCAGCCGGAGUGGAAGAAGUUUGCUGUAUUUGCGACGCUCCGCCCCUUAAAGAACCCCUCAUAAAUUGUCUGAAAUGUCGCCACGGUUAUCAUCCCGAGUGCCACACGCCAACCAUCGAGCCGGAAGCUGACAGCGAUUCCUGGAUAUGUCGGCAGUGUGUCUUUGCCGUCGCCACCAAGAGAGGUGGCGCCAUCAAACGUGGCCGCUUUGCCCGCCUCAUGCAGUUCAUGAAGCUGAGGCUCCCCUAUCAGCUGACGUCGCUGGACUGGGAUGCGCAGCAUCUGUCCAAUCAGCAGCAGUGUUACUGCUACUGUGCUGGACCCGGCGAGUGGAACCUGAAGAUGCUGCAAUGUGGAAGUUGUGGUCAGUGGUUCCACGAGGCCUGCACUCAGUGCCUAACCAAGCCUCUACUGUACGGGGACAGGUUUUAUCAGUUCCAGUGCUCAGUGUGUACAAAGGGCCCGGAGACGGUCAAAAGACUCCCUAUGACCUGGGUGGAUUUGGCUCACUUGGUGCUCUACCAUCUCUCCCUGUGCUGCAAGAGGAAGUACUUUGAUUUUGACCAUGAAAUCUUGUCCUUCACCAACGAGAACUGGGACUCGUUGCUGCUGGGCGCGCUCUCCGACACGCCGAGGCAAGACCGCUGUCACAGCCUCCUCAACGCGCUCAACUCCCACAAGGACAGGUUCGUCUCCGGGAAGGAGAUCAAGAAGAAAAAGUGUCUUUUCGGGCUUCAGGUACGAGCUCCGCCGCCGCUGACGUCCGACUCGUCACCACUCAUCACCGAGCCGCCAAUCAACAUCUCGCACCGCAGAAGCCCGCUGUCGCUACCCUGCCAGAGGAGGUCGGGGGGACCGGAGUCUCGUAAAUCAAAGCGCCGCAUCAUGGAGACACAGGCUUGUCCGCCCCCGGUUUCAUCCAAGCCCAUUGAGCUGCUGCCCUGUUGCCAUGGCUACAUGGGAGGGGAUGGCCUAUACACCCCCGGGAAGUCAGGGGAAGAGCUGAACCUGAGCUCUGCCCCAAAGCGGAUGUAUGCUCUGUACCACACCACUUACAACGGAAACAGCACACUCUCCAGGGGUCUCCAUCACUACAACAGCGUGGACGACACCUGCAGAGUACCGCCCCCCUGCUUCCCUUACCCCCUCAACUCCAGUGACGGUCUCCACCACCAGCACCUUCACCCGCACCAUCACAGCCACCAGCACCAGCCGGGACACAAGCAGCUGGACCCCAUCCACCUACGAGACCUGCCCCCUUACCAGGCAACUGCCGGUGGAGGGGGGGGCGUGACUGGAGGUGGAGCAGGCGGGAUCGGCGUCGGAGGUGGUGACAGUGGGACUGUGGCCCGGAGCUGGGGCGGAGGCGAAGCGGUGAGAAUCUUGGCGAGGCGGGUGACACUGGAAGGGAAGGUGCAGUACCUCGUGGAGUGGGACAACGUGAGCUUGUACCGAGCGUGAAGCGGACACGCGGACUGUUUUGUAGUCAGAAAGCGGUGCCAUUGUUUGGAAUACAAACACAAUGAAAAGACGAAAAAAAAAAAAGCCACAUCCAAAUCCAGGUUGCUCUCAUCGUGUCAUCUCAGCCGCACAUCCUUAUAACCUCACUACUCUUGAGUAAAUGUUCCUCUUGCUGGUGUUUCUCUUCUAUUUGUACUGUUAACUUUGGAAUAUGCCUUUGCAUCUGCCAUCUUUUACAAUGAGAAGAUGCAUUUAAACCUCCAGCUGCUUUAAGUCGCCUCCAGUGGAGAACUGUACCACCUGAAACUGCCUGGGAAGCAAAGCAUCAGUGAGCUUUAAGUCAAAGGCCUUUGAGUCUGGUAACACCACUGUUGACCUCAAGGGGCAGUGUUUAGCCGCUUGAUAAUAAAAUGGUAGUUAUUGUUAAAUUUGAAUUGCUCAAAUGCAUCAUCUUUCAUUAUCGAUUGUGAGUAAUGGUGGUAAUUAAUAAGCUAAAUCACCAAUUGCAGAAAUAUUUAUGAAAAAAAUAAAUAAAACGGGGGUUGGCUAAUUGAAAGCAACAUUUAAAAAAAUGACUUUUUUCAAUUUCAAUUAAAGACAAGUCACCCGGAGGUUUACAUCCAUUUUCUCAUUGAAGUACGUCAUUAAGAGACUGUAGAUGACUAAUAUUUGACACAUUUUUUCAUACAUAAUUUUACAUUCAGUCUAAUGUACGUGUAAGUCAUUUUUACAGCUUGUGUCACACAGCAGCCACAUUAUAUUACUGUUACGGAAAUGCUUUAUUUUCCUUAAAUUUGUUUAUUACUCGUGGCUUUGGGUCGGACAGUCGCCAGUCAGACAGCAGCGGCGAUAACGAAUACAACACAUUCCAAAUUAGCAACAACAAAGUACAAAUAUUUCAGUUUGGGGGAAAGUAUGUUUUCAAGUAAGUUCUUUCGUAUUUGUCCUGUUUUGCUGUCCUGUGAAGCUGAGAGUCACAGUAAAGAUUGUCGACCACACUGCGGGCCUUGUUAUUCUACCAUCAGAGCAUCUAAUGUUCGGAUUUAACAAAAUGUAUUGAGUCACGUUCGCGUUUGCUGCGACACCCUCUGUUGCCAAACAGGCUCAAUUCAAUCAAUGGAGGGGUGCCCAAAAUGUGGCCCUUUUUUAUUGGAUCUUGGCACAAUGUGGGGGACAAAAAUGAAUUAAUCAUAAAUGAGAUACAAUAUAUUAUUUGAAACUACACUAAUUUGCUUUGCCACCCAAGCUAAGAUGUGGAUGCUUUGUUCAGAUAGCUUGGCAUACAUUUACCUGCUGUACACUGGAUUGGUUUUAGCAUCUUUAGUGCACAAAUGUAUCCAUUACUGGCUGGAACACCUGGACACCCCUGGUUAUAGGUUUGAAGAACACACCCCCAUGUUUGAGGGUUAAACUGUCUUUUUAGGUAAAUUUGCUACCUAAUGUUCUCAAGUACUGUCGAGCUCCUCCUAUGUUUUUCAUGUUAGAAAUAGAAGUGUGGGAGUUUUUAUAUUUUAGACAUUUUUGAGCAAAGUAACUAGACUCAGAGUUUAUAUUUUAUACAAAAGGUUUAUUUCAGCACUCGGUGUUUUCUUUGGUUCCUUCAUCACUGGCUGUUGAUUAAACAAGGGGAAACUUGGAUUAGCCAAUCCCAAUGCAGGAUACUGAUGAUGUUGCAUUACAUCCCCUGAAGUGACUUUGACUGUACCCUAUUAGAAAGGGAAAGGGGCAAUGGUGAUGAAUGUAUUUUGUGUCUUUUUCUAUGGUAUGUUUGUACCCGUCAAGUGGUCGUUUUAGGUUGUUUUCUGGCCAGAUAGUUUGUAACAUCAAAAUAUGAGGAAAGAAAGACACCGGGAGUCUUUUCUUUAAUUCAUUGUUUUUGAUUGGCACUUAAGUUUGGUGUAUUUUUGGAUGUUUUUUUUUUCAAGAAACUACCUUUCCAUUUGUGUUCUCACAGCUGACACGCCACUGACAUAUGUAACAAAAAUAAUAAAUG